UUUCAGGCUUUUGAGAAAUUCAGAUAUGAAGUACAAAGAGGUCUGCUAUGACAUGAAUCACAAACAACGUGGCCACUGUCUGAUAUUUAACAACCUUGAGUUUGCUGCACACACAGGAUUAGGAAAGAGGACAGGUUCAGAGGUCAGUUGUCAACAGCUACAAACAUUAUUUAGGAGAUUUGGCUUCAUAACCAGUGUUUACAUAAACUUGGUAGUGAAUGAAGUGAAGGCAACGUUAAGGAAGUAUGCUCAUGACAUUGACCACAGUGACUGUGAUGCACUAGUUAUAGUAUUCAUGAGUCAUGGGGAGAGUAACAUAUUAUAUGGUCAAGAUGGAGCCUUCAAGGAAGACCUUCUUUUCGAGGAAUUCCUGGCAGACCGUUGCCCAACUCUAGCUGGAAAACCCAAGUUAUUCUUUAUUGAGGUAAGUUUGGUUGUUGUUGUUGUUGUUCCUCCAGCAUUUUUGGUUGUUGAAAGAGUAGAAGCAAAGAGUUUUCUUUUGCUCACUUAG